AGCAGAAGUGAAUAUAAUAUAAUAUAAUGGCGUCGCAAGGGUCGCCACAGAAACCAAAAGAUCUGCAUUUACCACUAUCUCGAGUGAAAACAAUAAUGAAAAGCUCUCCUUACGUCGAGACAGUUGGCCAGGAUUGUUUGUUCCUUGUGGCGAAAGCAACGGAAUUAUUUAUUCAUCAUUUAUCGUCUGAAGCACACAGUCUGGGUAAAAAAGGACAUACUCUCGACUACAAAAAUGUGGCUGAAGUGGUGCAAAGCAAUGAAACCCUUGACUUUCUACGUGAGAUAAUACCACGAAAGAUAACCGUCAGAGAGUUUAAAGAGUUGAUGGCAAAGAAAAACCCCCCUUCUUCGGAUAGUAGUUCAUCAGAGAGCUCCUCUGAUUCUGACACUGAUAGUGAAUCUGACAGUGCCUCUUCUCAUGAGGAUGAAACAGUGCAGAAAAAAGAUGCUAAUGGGGAAGUAGUAGAGAUCACCAGCAGUUCUGAAGAUAGUGUUCCUCAUAAAAAUGGAAGCGAUAGUAAAGAGAAUGGAAAAGUCGAAUCCAGUGACAGUGAGGAAGAAUCAAAUAUGGAAUAAUUCCGGAAAAUUUCUUGUUCCUAACUCUCAGAAAGUCUUGAGAAAAGAUUCUGAUUACUAAAGAUUGGUCCAAACAGCAAGACUUUAAUACACAUCACAGAUCAGACGAUAGAGACCAUGUUAGUACUUUGAGGAGCAGCACUGAGGAUUUGAAGACACAUUCCUUUGUAGAAUUAAUUCAUCUGGCUGUCAUAACUAAAGAGAAUAGCCGUCUUUGUGAGGAACCUCAUUAAUUAGUCCUAAUAUAAAAUACCCAUUCAACUCAUCAUGCCGUUUUUAGGGAUAAUUUUAAUAAUAAAAUAUUUUUUCACACGUAUGACAAGACUUAAAAAAUACAUUCUAAAUA